CGGCUGGCGGAGCGCAGCGCCAUGCGGAGCCGGGCGCCGAGAUGCGCGGGUUGGAGACGCUCGCCGCCGCCGCCGCCGCCGCCUACCUGCUGCUGGUGCUGCCGGCCCACGCCUAUUUCGGGCUGACCAGGAGGGAAGCAUUAAUUCAGUUUCCUGUGCUGGCGUCCUCCACAAACCCUGCCCACGGGAAGGCUCACUUGAAGCAAUGCGACCUGCUCCGCCUCUCCAGUAAGCAGAAGAGACUUUGCCGGAGGGAGCCGGGGCUGGCCGAGGCGCUACGGGAUGCCAUCCGGCUCGGGAUUGUGGAGUGUCAGUAUCAGUUCCGCAACGAGCGCUGGAACUGCAGCCUGGAUGGGCGGAGCAACCUCCUGAAUCAGAGUUUUAAAGAGACGGCCUUCCUCUACGCGGUGUCCUCAGCAGCGCUGACUCACUCCCUGGCGCGGGCGUGCAGCGUGGGCAGGAUGGAGCGCUGCACCUGUGACGACUCCCCUGAUCUGGAAAACCGCAAGGCUUGGCAGUGGGGCGUGUGUGGCGACAACCUCAAGUUCAGCAUCCGCUUCCUGAAGAACUUCCUGGGCCAAAGGAAGGUGGGGAAGGAUCUGCAGGCCAAAGUGGACAUGCACAACACGAACAUGGGCAUCAAGGCUGUGAAGAACGGUCUGAAGACCACUUGCAAGUGCCACGGGGUCUCUGGCUCGUGCGCUGUGAGAACCUGCUGGAAACAGCUGUCCCCAUUCCACGAGACGGGGAGGCUGCUCAAGUUGCGCUAUGACCACGCCGUGAAGGUCCUCAGCACCUCCAACGACGCCAUGGACCACUCGGAACUGGCGCGUCCCCAGCGCCACGGCCGCUUGUCCAAGGGGACCGCCGCUCUCCGCCCCACAGACCUGGUCUACAUGGAGGACUCCCCCACCUUCUGCUCACCCAGCAAGUUCUCAGUGGGCACCGCUGGCAGGACCUGUUCCCGCGAGGUCAACUGUGACAGCAUGUGUUGCGGCCGGGGGUACAACACCCAGUCCCGCAUGGUCACUUUUGCCUGCCACUGCCAGGUGCAAUGGUGCUGCUAUGUGGAAUGUCAGCAGUGCAUGCAAGAGGAGGUGGUUUACACCUGCAAAUAGUCACGGACUGAACUUGGCAGUCGCAGGACUCAGAUCGGGCCAGGGAGCACCGUGCCCUGCAUUUUGUUCCUUCUUGGGACUUCUGUGUUUCCUGCCAGGUGGGGACCAAAGAGCCCCCAAAGCCGUUCCUUGGCCCUGGAGCUCGUAGCAUGGGUGCUGAGGGUGAGGAGGAAGCUAACUUGCAGGGUGGCUCUACUAAGGACAGGCGCUGAAGUUUCGCAGGCCUGUGCUUCUGCUAGGAGCUGCCUUGUGGGCGUCCUGGCUACGUCCCGUCUAACUGAGGACUCUGUGCUGCGUCCCAGGCAGGAUCCCAGGCAGAGGUCUGAAGUUGUGUUGAAGAGGAGAUGCCGGAGCGCAAACCUGGGUUGUUGCCCAAGCAAAGUUUAGUCACGCAGCCCCCCCUUCUCUUGAGCAAGGUGAGGGGGUCUGAGGAGCUAGUGUCCCUCAGCGGGGGCAGGGCAAGGACGAGGAGAACCGUUUGACGGGUGCCCAGAGAGAAGCCCCCUCGUCCCAAACUCCAUGUUCUGUUUGGCUGGGCCAGUCCUGAGGCCAGGGAGUUUUGCACGGCCCGCCCAGGCUGAGCAGAGCUGGCAUGCAUGGAGAAGAAAACCAGGAAGUUUAUCAGAAAGUCCCAGUGGGGAACACGUGAUGCUGGGGGGGGGGGGGGAUCAAUGAGAUGCUGCAGCAUAAAGAUCCUGAGCUCUGGUGGGAGGGAUGUAGAGGAGGAAAAGAGGGGGCUGAAAUUCGCAUUUGUGCAUCUAUCGGAGUGACUCGGUCAUUUCUGAUCACAACAUUUACUAGGCAGACUGUUCUUUGUGGGGUGGUUUGCCAUUGCCUUCCCCAGCCAUCUCCCCUUUGCCCCCAGCAAGCUGGAGACUCAUUUCACCAGCCUUGGAAGGAUGGAAGGCAGAGUCAGCCUCGAGCCGACUCCCUGAAAUGGGCUUCCAUUGGGAUCGAACUCAGGUCAUGAGCAGAGCUUCUGACGGCAGUAUGGCCAGCUGACCACUCUGUGCCACGGGGCCCCUGUGCAUCUGUGGGGUGGCCAAUUUCUCAGCAACUUUUCUCAGGUGGCCCUUUUAAGAAGUGGCUUAAUAGGCAAUGGGAAGGUUUUGGCAGCCUGGCUGACGGUGUGAUGAUGGGCACCUUCCUUUGCAUUUCCAGGGAGAGACGUGCACAGGAGCAGACCUGGCUCGCUCCUCCCUCCGUCAGCCCCGGGGUGUGUGACCGAGCGGCACUCCUGCUUCUCUCUUUCCCAGCAAGUGGUUCUGUGGGUUCUGUGUCAGGCUGCGCUUUCUGAGCGUCGCAACACUGCCGAGGCUGCUCUUGUGCUGCCUCUGCUCAUGUUUCAUUUCUAAACCAAUGGCUCACUUUUCUUCCCCAGACUAAGAGCCACACUGCAGGUUUUUUACUUCCUAAGAUUUAGCAUUUGCUGGAUUUCCCAGAUCUUAAAAUGCCAUUGAACUUGCCAGUGGAGAGUCAACACAUCUGGAUUUUUGACCACCAUAAAAACUGUCUAAUUAAGGUGGAGCUGACUUAUUAUUCGUGCAUUAACGCUAUUAGUGGUCCAUGGGGAGCGUCUCUUAGGGCCUUCUCAUGGGACUUGAGGAUGCUCGGCACUCGUUUGUGAAAACUAGGGGGUGGUGUAGAGGAACCCACCAGAUCACACACAGACCAAUCCAAUCCAAAAACCUUUAUUAGGCAUAAACCAGAAGUACCAUACGUUCCAAAUACAAAAACAGGAUCAUUGUUACAUAUCAUGUAGAACAUGGAUUAAAAAUGUAGCAAC